UUAUGUAGUUACAGCAUAUACUCGGCAUAACAUUUUCAUUCCUUGCUGACGAGAAUUAAAUGUGAGUUUUGUAUAAAUUUUUGUCUGAAAAAUUUUAUAAUAAUCCUCGAAAUAUGAUGCUAUUAAUUUAUUAAGUGUAAUUUAUCUUACGCGAACGAAGAAAUUCUGAAGAAGUAAGAAAUGGCACAGAUUUCUAAUUCAAACGUGUUUACAAACGAUGCUGCCUCUUCGACUAGUACAUCCGAUCUUUUGCAACAAGCAUUCCAACAAGUUGUUGACGACGAUGAUAAUGAAAGUGAUUUCGUUGCGUUUUUGCAAAACGAUGAAAAUGAUUCUCAAACAAUUCAUCUCACUUCGGAACAGGCAGCUGCAUUAGGUUUAACUUUUGAGAUAAACUCCAACGAAGAGGUUAUAUAUCAACAAAAUCGUGGUAGCGUUAUCCCGAAUACAACAAAAAUUACGGCAAAUGAUAAUUGUAAAACAGAAGAUGUAAGCUCGGUAUCUCCACGGGAUACUUUUACGGAUGAAGAUUUCAAUUUCGAAACGGCUCAAGUUCAAAAUGAUGAUGGCAUUAGUGAUAUAGUUAAGUCCGAGUGUAUGGACUAUUCAGAAUGGCAAAUGCAGGAAGAUUCUCCUAAUGAAAAAUUGCAAAAUGAAACUGUUGCAAAUAGUUUGACUUUAGGAAACAUUUGCUUACAAAAUCAAACCAUUAAUUCCCAGGCGCAAACAUUGGAAGUAAAAAACAAUUCCAUUCAGAUUAAUUCCAAUGCACAGAGAAUAGUUUUAGAACAACCAAAGGUACAUACAAUAAUGACAGACAUUAGGCAGAUUAAAUCUGAAGAUAAUUCGCACUAUAUGGUAGAAGAUAACUUGGCACAAAAUCAACCGAUGAAUAACGUAUCCAAUUCUCAAGCACAAAUCCUGCAAAAGUUACCGAUACUUUUGCCGUCUUCGCAAUUCAUUAUAAAACCUGCGCAAACGAUAUUAAAGCCAGCCAAAAAUGUUAAAUUAAUACAAAACAUUAAUAAACUUACAAACACUAAUUUAAAUUCCAUCAAUGGAAUGCAAUCGAUCAACAUGAAUUCAAGUUCUAAUUCUGUGUUACUUUCAAAAGCGGCGGUGAUCAAUACAUUAUCACCGCAAAUAAUAAAAGCAACCCCUAUUACGGCUCAACUUUUGAACACAAAUAAUGUAUCGGCACAGUUAUUAAAUACAUCUCACAUUAUAACAGGAAGCUGCGAAAUUGGAAAUCAUACGAACACUCCUCAGAUCGGCAAUACUGUGGUAAACAGCACACCUGUAUUACCACAAAAUAUAGCUACUUCACAAAUAAGAAUAUCACCUGCGAUAAAAACUACACAAUCAUCGUUACAAAAAAGUAAUAUAUCUCAGCUUCUAACGCCUAUGUUAAAGAGUGCUACUGCUAUAACUAAAACAGUACCAAAAACUGCUCAACUUAUUAAUAAUGCAAAUAUAAGUCCAGCGAUAUCUACAGAACUUAAGCCAGUUCAAGUUCCUACACAAAUAAUUAAGGCAACAUCAUCAUCUGUAAUGGGAAAAAAGAGUUUAGUAACGCCAAUGACAAAAAUUAUAACGCAGACAAAUUCUCCAGUUAUUUUUAGAACUGCAUCGAUCGUUAAAACGCAAGAUUCCAAAACAACGAUGACUAAUUCAACUUCUAUAUUAAAGCCAACACAAACCUCAUCAACACCUAUAUCUAUAUUGAAACCACAGACCAAAGUGGCUUUUCAUAAUUAUACUAAACAAAAUCAAACUGUUACAUUAAAUACUAGUAAUUUGACUACCAACAUACCAAAUCUGUCACAGACGACACCAGUUCUACAACAGAAUGGUUCAUCGGACAAAACAAAAUCUGUCCAAAAUGGUAUUUUUAAACAGAAGAUUAAUUCAUCCAUAAAUGGAGCAUGUCUUAAGAUAAAUAAAAAAUCUAAAGGGAUACCCACAACAAGAUCUACAACAAUUGUCUCAGAAACAGCAGAUACAUCUAAACCAUUGGGAUCCAGUGAAAAUCCUAUACAAAUAGUACAACAAGGUCAUCAUUUUCACAGCAUACAACGUCUUUCACCAACUCAGUUGAAACAAAUCGCUCAUGUAUUGCAACAACGCAGCCAAGAAACAAGUAUGUCUAAUGAGAGAAUCGUCUAUAGGGUAGUGUUUCCAGAAGAAUUAGAUUUAAGAUUGAAAAAUCCUGGAACCUUAAUAAAAAAUCGUGGUGGUAAACGAGGACGACCGAAAAAGAAUACUAUUAGGCCCUCUCUGAUCCCAUCGAAAACAGCAGCGGUUCCUGAGGAAGAACAAGUAGAAUUAAAGGAUGAUAGAAAAAAAGUUAUAGCCAGAACACGUUCUGGUAGACUUUCAAGACCACCGAGACAUAUGGUACGAGAUUACAAACAUUUACACCAUUCAGAUUUUUUACAACCAGACUUGGAUGAUUCGGAUGGCGGCUACAGUGACUAUAAUACAAACAAUGACAAAAUUGAAGAUGAGGAGUCACCUAAAGAACUUUUAACAGGAUUGGAAGUACCAAAGAGAAAAAUAUCAGAUCAUUUCAGAUGUCCUACAUGUAACAAAAUAUAUCUGGGAAGAACACGCAUGGCAAGGCAUUUUGAAAUGCAUCCUGAUCAUGGUAGUCCCGAACAACUACCACCACCUACACCUGAUCCUGAACUUAAGCAAAAUGUUAAUCAAGAUCCCUUAAAACGUAAGGGGAAAAAAAGAGGGCCAUGGGCUUAUGUUACACCCGAAGCUAAAUCAGAACGGCGUAAAGUUAAGCUAAGAGAAGCAAUUUCGGUAUGUGAAGAUACUGAAAUAAUAAAAAUAGCCGCAAAGCCGGUACUUAAUGCACAAUCUCUAUAUGAGUUACUAGUUUUAAAAUCUGAAAACAAUGUUAGAAAUUUUUUACAAGAGGUAAAACAAUUGAUGGAUAAAAUAAGAGAGAAAGUUGGCGAAAUGUUAUCUUUAGCGAAUACUGAUAAAGGAUCGGACAAAGAUUUAGUAGAUAUUAACGAAGAAUUGCUUUGUGAUGCCUUGGGUGUUAAUCCUGGAUUAUAUAAAAUCAAUAAUGACGCAUUAAAGAGUUACGACGAAGAAACUUCGAACAUUUACAUAAACGAGGAACCACCAGUAAAACUACGAAAAACGGGCAAUUCUGAAGAAUCUAAAGAAAACAAUGAAGAAAGGAUGUCUAGUGGAUUUUCAGAGAGUUCAGAUCUUAGUAUAUCAGAUUUUCUUAGUGAAAGGAGAACUGAUUCGGCAUCAAACCCGACGUGUCCAGAAGUAUUAUCGGCCUUAACAUUAAUGAGAAGAAAUCCUACUUCUAUCAAUAAUGUUGAUAGCAAUAAGGCUAAUAAUGUUUCUAAACUUUUAAUUUCAAGUCCUGAAAUUCAAAAUCAAAUUUCGGAGAAUCCAGGAUUCCAAAAAAUCGAUAUUAAUACAACCAAAGUUCCAAAAUUCCAAACUUCAGAAUCUCAUAAAGAUAAUUUUACUAAAUUAACCGAUAAUUUAGGACCAUCCAGUAAUUGUGAAAUUUUUGCCAAAGUAGAAAGUAAUUACGAUCAAUCGAAAUUGGAACAUAUGGAUAAAGCCUUUAUAAAAUUAGGACAUGUGGAGCAAGAUUUGGUGAAGCUUGAAAAUGGCACUUUGGGAUCAUACGAAAAGCAAAGUAUUCAAAGUUUGGAUAAAAUUCAAAGUGACUUGAAUAAUAUAGAAGAUGGCUCUCAGAGCUUUGCUAAAGGUUUUCAAAAAUUGGUUUCUAAAAUAGUACCUAUGAGUACCUCAAAUUUAAAUUGUGGUAAAGUCCAAAGUUCUACAUUAGAUACAAGUCCAUGUAAAAUAUUACCUGCAGCUUCAAUUUGUAAAGCUUCAGACAGUAUAUCCGUGUUACAAGAUACAGUACCAAUUAUUUCUAAUAAUUGUGAUACUAAUAUAUUUGAUAGUACAGAAAAUUUGGAUAUGUCAAAGGUAGCUCAAUACGAUCAUAUUACGCAUUUAGAUAUUUUAAAUAGUAGUAGUGUGAUAGACAAAAAUCUUUUAAUUGACGAAAAGUUAGUUGAACAAUUACACUUGGUAGAUCAAACAAACUUGGUCGAUGAGUUAGUAUCGGAACGAUUAAAAAAUAUUAUGCCUGAUAAUAUUUUAGAAGGUAAUAUCAUACCAAAUAAUACAAAUUUAGAUACAGAUCUUGAUUUUGAAGCACUGAGCGAAGAAUUUAAUAGAAAUGCUAGAAGUUGAUUUUUAGACCAUCACGUGAAUGAUGGUAUUAUACUAAAUAAAGUUAUUUGUACAGUGUAUAGUAAUAUUAGACAUACAGUACAAUUAUUUGAAUUUGUAUAUGAAACGAAUGUAUUUUUGAUGAUUGCUACACGUUUCUUUUCUAUAAACUUUAUGUAUGAAUUUGCAUUAGUUCAAAAUAGAACAUAACAUUUUUUUA